AUGGGACCUUAUGGAUAUUAAACCAUAGUGUCAAAGACAUUUACGAAUGUACCCCCAAACAACUUAAUAGAAUUUAAAGUUGGUAUUUGGAAAUUAGACUCUUGGGACAGUGAAGGAUUUUAGAUUUUUGCAAACAAUGUUGAAAUAGAAAAUUUAAAAUUGAGUUUUCAUGAUGGAACAAUGAUGUGUAGAAAUGAGAUAUGGGAAGAUUUAUUUUAGCCUCUUUCAUUUAGAUUGAAAAUAACUGGAACUGAUUUAACAAUAAAGUUAAAAGAUAACUUACAAACUGAUACGUGGUUCGAAGAUCUUUGGGAUGAAUCUUGGGGAUUCAGAGACUUUAUUUUAAGACUUGCUGUUCCAUGUGUUAAUUUUUAUAGUGAAUGCAAUUAUACUGGAGCAUUAUUUUAAAUAUGUUAAGGUGAAAAAUCCAAAUUGCAGAAUGAAAUUCCUAUUGAAAUCAAAUCAAUCCUUAUGGGUCCAGGUAUAAUUGUAAAAUUGAAAAGUCCGAAUUACUUUGCCGGAGUAAUUUAAGAGUUCACUUCUUCAUAGCCUUGCUUGAUGGCUUAUCAGUUUCCAAAGGUUAUCUAUUAGGAGUGA